CAGAACUGAAAGCCGCCGGAGAUUGCUCCCUUUGAGUUCCGCCGAUCGUUGCCGACGACCACUCUGGCAGAUUUAUUUACCGGAGUUAACCAGCCCCUCACUCCCCGCCACUACAAAGUUACGACUCCAUCGUGAACAGAACACAGCAGACACAGAAGCGAGACAGACAGAGAGAAUUCAUUCAGGUUUCUUCAGACUAAAAAAGGAAGAAGGUGAGAGAAAAAAAAAUAAUAAAAACAUAGCAAGAACGACAAAAGAGGAUGAUGAUAAAGGAGGAGGGGGGUUCCGGCGGAACUGGAGGAGGCGGCGGUUGGGCGCGUAUGUGUGACUCAUGCUGCUCUGCACCAUGCGCAGUCUACUGCCGAGCUGACUCCGCAUACCUUUGCGCCGGAUGCGACGCACGCAUCCACGAUCAGGUGGUGUCGCAGCACGAGCGCGUUUGGAUCUGUGAGGUCUGCGAGCGAGCUCCUGCAGCUUUUACCUGCAAGGCCGAUGCUGCCGCCCUCUGCACCACCUGUGAUGCCGACAUACACUCCGCCAAUCCGCUCGCUCGGCGUCACCACCGGGUUCCCAUACUCCCCAUCUCUGGUUGCUUGUAUGGGCCUUCGGGUAUGAACCCCGGUAGGCCUGUGAGGCCUGAGAUCAAUAUAGAAGAUGAGUUCAUGACCCAGGAGGCUGAUGAAGAAGAUGAAGAUGAAGCAGCAUCUUGGUUGUUGCUUAACCCUGUAAAAAACAACAACCAGAACAAUAGUGGGUUGCUGUUUGGUGGGGAGGUUGAUGAGUAUCUGGAUCUUGUGGAUUACAAUUCUUGCACUGAGAAUCAGUAUAACGAUCACUACUAUCAGCAGAAUCAGUGCAGUGUUCAGCAGAAGAAUGAAGGGAGUGACAGUGUUGUGCCAAUCCAGUGUCUGGCAGUAAAGGAGAAUCAACAUAAUCUUCAGUUAGAGAUGGAUUAUGAGGCUUCAAAACCUGGGUUUAGUUAUACUGCUUCACUUAGUCACAGUGUCUCCUUCUCAUCAAUAGAUGCAAGUGUGGUACCAGAUGGUAUAAUGAAUGACAUAUCAAACUCACAUUCUAGACCACCCAAAGGAACAAUUGACCUCUUUUCAAGUCCCCCCCUUCCAAUGCCACCCCAAUUUACUCCCAUGGACAGAGAAGCCAAAGUCCUCAGAUAUAGAGAGAAGCGAAAAACAAGGAAGUUCGAAAAGACAAUUAGGUAUGCCUCAAGGAAGGCCUAUGCAGAGACCAGACCCCGAAUCAAAGGGCGGUUUGCGAAGAGAACAGAUGUAGAAGUUGAAGUGGAUCAAAUGUUCUCUACCACUGUACUUGCAGAAAGUGGCUACGGCAUUGUUCCAUCAUUCUAACUUCGAGAGGGGCAAAGGAGAAAAAAGAUCAUGUCAUCUAUGUAUCUGAGAAGAGUGAGUUUCUAUUAGCACCAUUACUAUUAUGUACCUUCCUCGAGGCAAGUAGUUUGGAUGAAUUAAUGAGUGAGAACCAUGCAGGUUAACUUCUGUAAAUUCUCUUCUCUGUGCCCUAUUGUAAAUACAUAAGAACUUCAGUGCUUGUAAUCUAUAGCUUUUGCAAAUACUUUUUACCUUUGAUUA